AUGGCAAGCUCCUCUAGUUUUGUUAAUCUCUUAGCGAGCCAAGGAUCAGUUGACCUUGACUCUGCAGAGACUCCUUUGUUUAGUACCCAAUCUCUGCAAGAGUCAAGUGUCAAAGAGAGGAGAAAGUGGUCUGUGAAGGAGGAUUUAAUCCUGAUAGGUGUUUGGCUCAACACUAGCAAAGAUUCAAUCGUCGGUAACGAACAAAAAGUGCCAAGAGAACUAGGGCAAUGCAAGCAAAGAUGGGCUAGGAUCAAUGAUUUGGUCUGCAAGUUUGCUGGCUGCUACGACACGGCAUUGAGGGAGCAGAGAAGCGGUCAAAAUGACAACGAUGUGAUGAAGGCUGCCUUGGAUAUCUUCAACAGUGACCAGAACAUUAAGUUCAACUUGGAACAUGCAUGGAGGGAGCUUAGGCAUGAUGUGAAAUGGUGCUCCACCUAUCUGGAGAAGGACAAGGAUAAGCGCAAAACUACGGAUACUCCGGUUGCAGAACUAGAAGAUAGACCAAUAGGGGUUAAGGCUUCGAAGGCUGCGGGUAAGAGGAAGAAAACUGGAAAAGAUGAAGAAUUAAUCAAGCUUGAAGGGCUGAUGGAGAUGAAAAAGCAAAUCUCAAGGCAAACUUUUCUUGAAAGAUCAGUAGAAGACAUGUGCGAGAUGAAGACAAGAGAUGGUGUCUCUUCCUUGUUCAGUCCCGGGUCUUAA